AUGCCUAAGCGUUUCGCUAGCUUGUUGAGCGCACGACACCGUAGAUUGGCUUUAAACAAGGUGGAAGACGAAGAGCCCUUUGGUGUCGACAAUGAGGAGCCUCAGGAGGGUGAAAAUGCAAGUGACGACGAAAUGGAGAAAGACAACGCUGACGAAAAUGAAGCUGGCAGUCGAUCAAUACGCCCAGGACGAAAGAAGGUUUGCGAAUCUCAACAGCUUACACAUCCCGAUUUGUUGCCGAUGAGUGCAAUCACGCGAUUGGUGAAACGGCCUAAACAGAGUAAAGCUGAGCGCCUCGAAUCAGUGCAAACAGGUCGCGAAGGAAGGAGUAAAUUCGGCUUUCAGGUAAAUCGAAUGAAUCCACAUGCCAGUACGACCAACCGAGAGAAGCGAAAGCGCAAAACUUUUCAGAUGAUCAAACAUAAGGUGAAAGGGAAAGCAUUCAAGCGUAGCUUCCGAGAAAAGCAAAUAGCUCUCCGAGAACAUCUUAAGAAAGUAGCAAAGAUGAAGCGAUGA